AUGCGCCUUCUACAACGUUCGUCCGACUCUGUCGGCUUCAGCCUUGUUGAGCGGUUCAAGGAAGAAGUCCCGCCCUACGCAAUCCUAUCGCACACCUGGGGUUCGAACGAAGACGAAGUCACAUUUUCAGAUAUGAGAGACGAGCGAGCCAAACGUAUCCCUGGGUACAGCAAGCUAGUCUUCUGUUCUGAACGCGCUACUAGCGACAAACUAGAUUUCUUUUGGGUCGACACAUGCUGCAUUGACAAGAGCAGUAGUGCUGAGUUAACGGAAGCCAUCAAUUCCAUGUACAAGUGGUACCAGCAGGCUGAGAAGUGCUAUGUUCUUCUUUCCGACGUGGAGAUCGAUGUACCAGUGGAAGACAUAUCUGAAGAACAAUGGGUGCAAAUAUUCCACAGCAGUAGAUGGUUCCAGCGCGGUUGGACACUGCAAGAGAUGCUUGCGCCGAGAGUUGUCGAAUUCUUCUCCAGAACAGGCAAACCACUGGGCGACAAAGUCACAUUGCUACAAGCUCUCCAUCUUCGAACCCGGAUACCCGUUCUGGCACUCCAGAGCGGUUCAGUAGAAGAUUUCAGCAUCGACGAACGCAUAUCAUGGAUUGAGGGACGUCAGACGAAAAGAGAAGAGGAUUCAGCAUAUUCUCUAUUGGGUUUGUGUGACGUCUACAUGCCGCUAAUAUACGGCGAGGGGUUUGGGAGGGCCUUGACCCGGUUGCGCAACGAAGCCGAGCGCUCGCUGCACGAUAAAGUGCCAAUCGAUCUACCUGGGGCACGUCGAUGGACGGUUCCUUUUCGGCGCGAAACCGAAUUCCAUCAUGGCGACUGCUUAGAGAAGGUGUAUCAGAUAUGCUCUCAGAACGGUGGCUGGGCGUCCCUGAUUGGACCCGCGGGCGUUGGAUGGCUAUGCGAUAUCGCAAACGGGCAAUGGACAAUGGUGGUUGACAAUGCUGAAGAUGCCGACACCUUCUUCGUGUCACGCAUAUCGCGUAAUCAUGCAACAGCGGAUCCGAUUUCAUCCGUGGAGCGACUCUCCAACUUCCUUCCAAUAUCGCCCAACGGGUCGAUCCUCUUCAUCACUCGUAAUCGAGACUUUACGCGGGGGCUCAGGGGUGUCAACAGUGAUAUAGCGAAUGUCGACGUCCGAGACUACGCUUCGUUCGACAUAGAAGACCACGUAUUACCGAUUCUUCAAGAAACUCCAAAUGCUUCCGAAUCAUCACAGCUCUUGGAAGACAACGUGGCUGCAUUGCAACCGGACAAAAGUAGAGCCGAACCCACAGCGCCUAGAAAGGAAGUCCCCGUGUAUUGGACAUCCCGUGGUAAGCGCAUGUUCGACAAGUACGUUGACAUAGACCAUGGCGCUGUAAGGGAGCUCGAACGAGAGCUGCAAGCACGAUACAAGACUCCCAAGAAGGAUACGCCUCGCAUCUUCGCACAAAUACUGCGCACCUCAAGUCGGCAGGGUGGAGAUGGGAAAAUGACAGACUCGGAGGCCGAACGGGGAGAGUGCGAGUUGCAGACUCGUUCCGGUGUACCCCGCCCAGUUCAUACUACGGCCGCAUCUGAACGUGGAUUCGAAGAUCGAGAAGGGGAGCCCCUUCGCCUGCUGGUCUGUGUGAACGCUCAAGGGAAGUUGAAAUUGACGCAGGAGGAUCUGCAACACAUCAACGACGAUCGUCAACUAUUCCAGCACCUUCGAAAGCGACUUUUGGCCAACCAACAUCGGGUGACCCUCACAGAUAUCAGAAGUUUCACUUUGGCCAAGGUAGGCUUCCAGGAGAGAUAUCGUCUUACUUGGGACUGA